AAGCCCAAGGCUUUUGACCCCUUAUGAGAUGCAGCUUGUCGGCACUGUCGUAGCACCUACUCCGCUUGUUGCAGCCAACUUUAUCAUCCUUGGCAAGAUAAUCGGUCUGGCUGGACCCCAGUACAGCCGUUUGACCCCAAAGAUAUGUCAGUGUUGCCCUAAUACUGCCGAUGAUGUUGUCUGCUUGAUCGUACAAGCUCUUGGAGGCGCAUCCGCUGCGCGCGCUGUCAGCCAGGAGACAAGUGCUGCGACGGUAUGUACAUCAUUCAUCAUUUCGUUUAACAUUCACUUCAUAGAGAUAGGGCGCCAACAUCAUGCUAGGAGGAAUUGCUGCCCAGCUCUGUGCGUAUACGUCACUUUGGCGUCCGAGUUUUUCUUGCGUUUGAAAUACGAUGCACCCGUCCGCCACGUUGAGCAACCUCGCGUAUUGGAGAAAGGUCAAAGUGCCGUGAGUAAGAACUUGCGAAUUAUGAUUUAUGCCAUGGCAUUCUGCACCCUCUGCAUCUUCAUUCGUUCCAUUUAUCGUACUGUGGAACUCGCUGGUGGGUGGUUCGGGCCAGUGAUCACGACUCAGCGCUACUUUGAUUGGCUCGAUGGAGGCAUGGUCACUCUCGCUAUCUACACUCAAAAUUUCUUUCACCCGGGUAUCUGGCUGAACAAGGCUGACCCAACGGCUCAAGUUUCACAACAAGAAGUCGACGAAGAAGAAGCCGCGACUUAGAUGUUAAUGUUUACAGUGCACAGUAUCGAUUCUGCUCAUCAGUUAUCUAUAAGCUUGUCGGAACUUUUCGGACGUUUACCCAGACAUAUAUUGUCAUAUUAUGUUAUAGUGAUGCCUGUUUUCGCACCAUUUGUAUGAUGUGUUGAGGUCCUAUACCAGUUUAUACCCAUUUUCUCACUCGCUAUCUUACUAAACAUUUCAGGAGUGGGAAAUGCAGGUUGACAUCUUUGAAAUGUAGCCUGGGGUCUAGGGUAUUCUGGGGAGGCUAUAUUUUCGGAUAUGAACCCGUGAGCAACUAAACGACGAGCACGACGACGAGUUUCAGUAGAAAUUCGAGCAGAUACGGAUCCUUCAUGUGCCAAUCUUUAAUCCAUCAAAUGCUUGGAGAUUCUAACACCGUUGUGACUGCUGCGUGGCAUAGCUUUGGGUUCAGUCCUUGUGAGCACUAGUA